AUGGCGGCCACAAGGCGCUCCGCCUUUUCCCUCGUCCUGGCCUGGGCUCUGGCGCUUCUGGCGCUGCGAGCAUCCGUGAACUUCGUGGCAUGGGCUGGUGCACCAGUCGCCCCUCGUAGCUCAGUGGCCCUGAGGGCCUCGAUCAUGGCCAAGGAGGAGACGGGCACGAAGAGAGGCACGAAGACGUCCACGCCGCAGGCGGGGCAGUUCAAGUACCCCAGCCAGCUCACCGGCCUUAGCCCAGAGGAAAUCCAGGCGAGAAAGGCGCGGGCAUUGGACAUUUGGGAGUCCCUGAAGCCCGAUGUGGAAGCCGAGAUGAGCAGGUACCAGACCUUCCGACCCGACAAGUUUGAAGAGUUCAUGCGGGCUGACAGCCGAGGGCGGGGAGCCGACUGUCAUUCUGAGUAUUUCCUCGGCAGUAGGCGCGCAACCAUGGACCCAGCCUAG